GAAUUUUCAAAGUAUGCUGCAUCACAUUUUCGUCAAGCCUUUUUCUCAGUGGCACAAAGUACCUCCAGCCAUACAUGGGAUGCUUUCCAGCUUGCUCUUGCAUCUUUCAGAUUAUACUGUACAGAAAACAAUGUCUCACCUUCAAACAGCAUGAAGAGCAGAAGCAAGCGUGAGCCGCAGAUGUUUGGUGACCCUCCUCACAUUGAUAUUACUCCUUUUGAAGCAGACAUGAGGGAAGAAAACUCACCUGAGACUAUUUCUGCACUGAAGAUUUAUGAUGGAGUCAACAUGAGAGUUCUUCUGUGUGGAGUUCCCUGCAUGCUGGUAGACUUGCUUAUUGGAUCAUUGGAGGACGGACUCAAUGCUCUCCUGUGUACAGAAAUACGUGGAUGUAAACUUCACAACCGGACAAGUGCUAUACCACACCAGGCAGGGACAUUCUCACGUGGUGUGGUGACCAUGCGUUGUGAUAUAUCCACAUGUAGUUCUGCUCAUAUAUCACUCUUGGUGUCUGGUAGCGCAGAUACAUGCUUUAAUGAUCAGCUUUUGGAGAACUAUAUAAAAAAGGAGCUGAUUGAGAAGAGUCAACUAGUUCAGGCAUCACCUAAUUGUGAACAAAGCAACUUACCUUCCUCCGAGCCUCGAAGGUCAGCCUCGAUAGCUUCUGGGGCUAGUGUAUUUGAAGUUUGCUUGCAGGUCCCUACAUGGGCUUCACUGGUUCUGAGACAGCUUGCACCAGAAGUGUCGUACCGCAGCCUGGUUAUGCUGGGAGUAGCCAGUGUUCAAGGAUUGCCUGUUGCAUCAUUUAAAAAAGUUGAUGCGGAACGUCUCCUUUACUUUUGUUCAAGGCAGUCAGAAAAAAAUUGCCUUAAUGACUCCAUUUCUGUUGGGCAUCCUAGUUGGCUGAUACCUCCACCACCUACUCGAAAAAGAACAGAGCCUUUCUUUGGAAUAAAGUCUUUCAAUUCUUGUAGCCUUCAAGACAGUUAUAGUGGUAACAAUAGACAGAAAUUGAACAUUGCUGCAAUGAGACCAAUCCCUCAAUCACAUCGUCAGAAGAUUCAACCUUUUUCUGGAUUGUCUGAGGGGGAGAGGUUUGAUGGAGAACGUGGAAAAUCAAAUCUGCCAAUGGCUCCAACAAAGCAUAAUGGUAUAGGCUCUAAUCCAGUCACAAAUAGGAAAUCUUCGUCAACUUCCUUUCAGGCUCAGCAGAUCGUCACAUUAAAUCCACUACCAAUGAAGAAGCAUGGUUGUGACAGAGCUCCAAUACGGACCUGUUCAGAGGAGGAAUUCUUGAGGGAUGUAAUGCAGUUUCUUAUCCUUCGUGGGCAUUCUCGGCUAAUUCCACAGGGUGGUCUUUCUGAAUUCCCUGAAGCCAUUCUGAAUGCUAAACGCCUAGCUUUUAACUUGUACAGAGAGGUGGUAUCUAGAGGAGGGUUUCAUGUUGGGAAUGGCAUCAAUUGGAAAGGGCAAGUUUUCUCAAAGAUGCGAAAUCACACUUUGACUAAUAGAAUGACAGGUGUUGGCAAUACACUUAAAAGACAUUAUGAAACUUAUCUUCUAGAGUAUGAACUGGCUCAUGAUGACGUAGACGGAGAGUGCUGCUUGUUGUGCCGCAGUAGCGCAGCUGGUGAUUGGGUGAAUUGUGGGAUAUGCGGUGAGUGGGCUCACUUUGGCUGUGAUAGGCGUCAAGGACUUGGCGCAUUUAAGGACUAUGCUAAAACUGAUGGGCUAGAGUACGUUUGCCCACAUUGCAGCAUCUCAAAUUUCAGAAAGAAAUCCCAGAAAACUUCAAACGGAUAUUAACGGGCCAAGAGUGCUUCUCUUCUCCGAGAAUCUUAUCUCUCUCAUAAACACACACUCAAUUGAUGAGGCGGGUUUUCACGAAUGUAAUUAUUUUUUUAUCGUUUACCCAUUGCGCAUAUUAUGGUCAGACAGGGCAGCCAAAGUUUUUGAGCAUCACUAGUAUGUAGAGAAAGAAAGCCUUGAAUAGGAUUGUAGCAUGAGUAUUUUUCCUCAACUGAAUUGAUUUAGUUACUUAUUUAGAUGUAAAGAAUGUUGAUAUACUUCAUUUAGUGAAGUUAUUGAUUUAGUUCUCUUUCGACAUCAUUGUCAUGCUGCAAUUUUCGAAGGCUCAAAGGUUUGCCAAGUUUGCCUGGAUUUCGAACUAAUCAUUCUUGUCUUGUAACCCUGAGUAUAAUUAAUGUUCAUUCCAUAUUUGUCA